AUGGGUGCUUUAAUCUCGUUGUUAAUGUCAAGAUUUGGACUUUUGCAUAAAGAUUUAAGGGUUAUAUUGAUUGGUCUUGAUGCAGCAGGGAAAACUACUAUCCUAUAUAAAUUAAAACUAGGAGAAACGGUUAUCACCAUUCCGACUAUCGGUUUUAAUGUCGAAACAGUCACAAUCAAUAAAUUGAACCUGACAAUUUGGGAUAUAGGAGGUCAAGACGUGAUUCGACCACUCUGGCGACAUUAUUUCAAUUCUGUAGGUGCCGUAAUAUUCGUAGUCGACUCUUCGGAUCGGUCUCCAGAACGAAUUGAGAAAGCUCGAACGGAAUUAAGUUGGUUAUUUGCGGAGGAGGAAUUGCGCGAUUCUGUAUUUCUAGUGCUUGCUAACAAACAAGAUUUACCGAAUGCGAUGAGUGUUCAGGAAGUAACACAUGUUUUGAAGUUGGAAAAUUUGAAAGGAAGGAAAUGGUUUGUUCAGGGAACUUGUGCGACUAGCGGGGAUGGAUUAUUGGACGGAUUUCAGUGGCUAUCAAAGACCCUAAAUUAG